CCGCGAAGCAAAUUCACCUACCGAGAUCUAUCCGCCAUGGCAAGAUAUGCGAUCACUUCUCCAUUGCGGGUCAUCAGUCUGAUCGACCUGGAUGCAUUCUACGCGCAAUGCGAGACUGUCCGGCUUGGGCUUGAUCCCAGUAUUCCUCUCGCCGUGCAACAGUGGCAAGGUCUCAUCGCUCUGAACUACCCUAGUCGAGCCUUUGGUCUGAACCGACACGUCACCGUCGCCGAGGCGAAAGAGAAAUGUCCCGAGCUGGUCUGUCAGCACGUCGCGACGUGGAAGGAGGGCGAUACGAAGUGGAGCUAUUCGGAGGAUGCUUGGCGAGAGAUUGCGAUCCGCAAGGUCAGCCUGGAUCCAUACCGGAUGGAGUCGAGGAAGAUUCUGGCUGUUGUGAAGGAGUCUCUGCCGGCGGAUAAGCAGCGUGUGGAGAAGGCGAGUGUCGACGAGAUGUUCAUGGAUCUUUCGGCGCAUGUGCAUGGUCUUUUGUUGGAGAGAUACCCUGAGCUGCGAGGUCCGCCGCCAUACGAUGAUCCCACGGAGCGACUUCCCAGGCCGUCAUCUACUGCGCUGGAUUGGGCGGCGGAUGGACUGAUUGAUUUGGAUACUUCGCAAUCUGAAGAAGAUGAUCCGGAUUGGGAUGAUGUGGCUCUGAUGAUCGCGUCGGAGAUUGUGCGAGAUGUGCGCGCGAAGAUCUAUGAGAAGCUGCGAUACACAUGUUCCGCCGGGCUGAGUCGUAAUAAAAUGCUGGCGAAACUGGGAGCAGGUCAUAAAAAGCCCAAUGGCCAGACGAUCAUUCGCAAUCGCGCGGUUCAGCAAUUUCUCUCGGGGUACAAGUUCACCAAAAUUCGAAACCUUGGCGGCAAGCUGGGAGAUGAAGUCGUCGCCGCUUUCAAUACCGACAUUGUCUCCGAUCUUCUACCGGUGCCUGUGGAGCAGCUGAAAAAGCGGCUUGGCGAUGAUACCGGGACGUGGGUGUAUAACAUCAUCCGCGGCGAGGACCACAGCGAAGUCAAUCCCCGCACGCAGAUCAAAUCCAUGUUGUCAGCGAAGUCCUUCCGGCCAUCUAUCAACACUCUCGAAGCCGCGGUGAAAUGGAUUCGAAUUUUUGUCGCGGACAUCUUCGGCCGUCUGGUAGAGGAGGGUGUACUAGAACACAAGCGUCGACCUCGGACCAUCGUCCUCCAUCACCGACAAGGUGCGCAGACUCGGAGCAAGGGUGGACCGAUUCCUCUGGCAAAGACAAUCACCGAGGAGCUCUUAUUCGACCUCGCGAAGAACCUUCUAGCACAGGUCGUCGGCGACGGACGGGCCUGGCCAUGUGCAAACCUGUCCCUCUCGGUGGGAGGCUUCGAGGAAGGCAUUACCGGAAACAAGGGCAUAGGAGGGUUUCUGGUCCGUGGUGAUGAAGCCAAGGCCCUCAUGACAUCGAGCCUUGCGCGAGAGGAUUCGGGAGAGCGCGCAUACGCGAUGAGCUCUAGUUCUGCGAACAAGCGACGCAAGAUUGGAGCUACUCCGGGCAUCGCACACUUCUUCGGGGCGCCGCAGCAACGGCAUGACGGCGCUGAAGAGUCGAAGACGGGAGACGAGGCCAAUCCGCUGCUCGACGGGGAACACGAUGACGAGGCAGUCUGUGCGUUUCACGAUCUCGACGAAUCUGCCACGAACACAGGAAUAGUAGGAGAAGAACGAGGCCUCGAAGAUCCAUUUAGCCCACCGACCUCCGCCCAACAACGCCGCGAUACUCUUCCACUACACAGAGAUCCUCCCGACCGCCCAGCUCCUCCCCGCUCACCCUACUUUGCCACUUCCACUUCCUCGCCAUCACCAUCUACUCCUCCUGCUCCUCCUCCUCCGCGCACCACGAACCCCUCAGACAUUGCCUCCGCCUCCACCUCCAGAUUUCCGCCCUGUCCACGCUGCAACCGACCGAUCCCUCCGGCCGAACAAGCCGAACACGACGACUUCCAUUUCGCGCAAGACCUCCAAGACGCGACAAGCCCGGCUCGGCCUCCGCCGAAACCUAUCCCUCCCCCUCUCGCCACGGCGGCGACGGGCAGCAGCGGCGGUUCGGCGCCGAGGGGUCGAGGGAGACCGCCGGCGAGCGCGGGAGGUCCGGAGAAGGGGCAGAAGAGGUUGGCCUUUGGGUGA